AUGCAGCCUACAUUGCUCAGCCCACGGCCCUCGCAACGCCUUGAAGGCUUUAGGCUAUCUCCACCUUGGCUACCGGAUACCAAAUGCACGCAAGUUGAAGCUGCCGAAAAGAAAAAAAAAGUACAGUCGUCGCAAGCACUCGCGAGUGCAGCGGACGGGUCCUGCGGGUCCUGGUCUGGUCCUGGAUGCUGCUGCCUGGCUGCCUGCGCUGUCUGCCCGCUACCCUCUCCUUUUGCCCUUGCUACGGCUCGACCAGACGGUGCGAGUCGGAAUCGGACAUCUCACUCACUCACUUUCCUUCUUCCUCACUUCUCCACAUCUACUCCCGACCAAAAGUCACCUCUCCCCCCUCCACCCCUCAGCCUCCCGAGCUCUCCGCCCCCCAGCAAGCGCACACCCGCCUGGUUUGGAAGCGAUUCCGAGUCCCUCCCCCAUCGCCUCCUCCUUGCUCACGCCCACGCCUACGCUUCCCAGCUUCGCCUCGGCUAUCAUCGACGAGUCGCCCACUCCCUCCUCCCUCCUUCCCUCUACUCGCUGACUCACCCGCUCCCCACCUCUUCGUCUGGACGGCUUCCUCUCUCCAUUCGUCCUCGUUCAGGCGCCUACCCGACCAACGUAGCCGCCCUUUCCGAGUUGGAGGUGACGCAGUUCAAAAAGUUCCAGUCAAACACAAUGUCUGUCGAGCAGCAGCAACAGCAGCAGCACGCUGCCCAGGAGGGCUCCGCGCAGGCGCAGCAGGCUCAGGCUCCCACCAACGCCGCCGCCCCCGAGACCGAGGCCGCUGACCUCAAGUCGGAGGUCAAGUCGGACGCCAACGUCGCAGCUGUCGAGGCUGGUGUUGCUGCUCUGUCCAUCCCCCAACCCCAGGCGGAGCUUCAUCGCGCGUGUGCCGAGGGAAGGCUUGAGGAUGUCCGCUCCAUCCUCGGCCGUGGCCUUGACGCCCUCGAGACUCUGGAUGUUGCCAGCGGCUGCACCCCUAUCGUUCUUGCGAUUCAGAACGGUCACGCCGAUGUCGUUCGCGAGCUCCUGUCUGCCGGAGCUAUCGUUCCCCCUCCGGCAGUGACCAUGGACCCCACCAUGCUUCAGGUCCUCGGAUACUCGCAGCCCAUGUACGGCGUUCCUCCCCCGUUCCAGAUGGGUCCUCCUCAGUUCUUCCAGCCCGGCAUGUUCCCUCCCAACGGCGGCCACCCCCGCGGCUCGCCCAACGGUGGAUCCAAUGGUGCCGCCAACCUUCCGCCGGCCGAGGUCGCCAAGACCAUUCCCUGCCGCAACUUCCCCAACUGCAAGUAUGGCAACAGCUGCAUGUUCUUCCACCCUCCUGGACCUGGCUUCUACCCCGGCGGCCCCGGUUUCGCUCCCAACUUCGUUCCCUACCCGCCAGGAGCGGCUCCGUUCUUCCCCGGUGCUCAGGAGUUUGUUCCUUCCGGCGGUGCUCCUGCUGCUGAGGGCUCUCAGCCGCCUGCUGGUGAGGCCAACGCCGCCCCCGCUGAGGGCUCCGCUGCCGCCCCCGCUUCCGAGAAUACCCAGCAUGACUCUAUACCCGCGCCUUCCAACCACGUCGGCUCUGCUCUCUCCCCCGCCUUCGUCCCCGGUGCCAUGCCCUCCGACGCUCCCAACGGUGCCCCCUACCCUUACGCCAACGGCGGUCCCAUGUCGCCUUCCAUGAUGCCCAUUCCUCCUCCUCCCAUGCCCUCUGACCCCUCCUUCUACGCCAACUCCCAGCCCCAGUUCCAGGGCUACCACCCUAACGGCUACAACGCCCACGGCAGGCGACAGAGCUUUGGCCAGUUCGCCAACGGUGGCGGCAAGCCCUUCCACGGCAAGAAGCCGUCAUUCUCUGGUGGCCCCAAGCCGUGGGGACCGGGAGGCCGCAUGGGCGGCUCGUCCCACCUUGGACAGUGGAAGGAUGGCAACCCCCCUCCUUGUGCCUUCUUCCGUGAGGGCAAGUGCCGCAACGGCGAGUACUGCAAGUUCCCUCACAUGGACGCCGAUGGCAACGACUGCCGCCACCCUGACGUUGUUCGUGGCAUCAUCCCCCCGAUGCCCACUCGCCCUCCCCCGCGCCACGGUAUGCGCAUGAUGGGCGGCCACUACGACCCGUCCCAGCGCAUGCACUUCCAGAACAAGGCUGCCGCGGCCGCUGCUGCCGCCAACGCCAACGGAGGCGACUCCUCUGCUGCCACUCCCGCUGGUGAGGAGGGUGCUUCUGCCAACGCCGCCUCGCCUGCCACCCCUGCUUCUGAGAAGGAUGUCUCUGGAUCGACCGCCUCGCUUCCCCCGAAGCCCUCGGCCCCGGUCACCCCUGUCUCGCGCUCGGCCAGCGGACCGGGUGUUGCCCGUGUCCACGCUAACGGCGUCAACUCGCGUGCUCACUCCCCGAACAGUGCCGGUGCCCGCCGCGGCCCUCGCGGAUACGCUAACGGCCACGCCAACGGCUCGCGGUCAUCAUCCUCGGGCGACAAGAAGCCCAUUCCCCCUCAGCGUGUCCCCCGCGCUGACGAGUUCCCUGCUCUCGGUCUCGGUGGUGCUACUACUCCCACUGAGCGCCGCGAGCCCUCGUGGGGCAACAAGACCGGCUCUCAGGUGCUCCAGGCCCCUGCCCCCGCCAAGCCCGUCACCCCCAAGGAGGAGGCUCCCGCUACUCCUGCUUCCGAGGAGCCCAAGGCUGAGGAGAAGGUUGAGGAGAAGCCCGUCGCUGCUGUUGAGCCGGUCGAGCAGAAGGAGGCUGCUGAGCCCCAAGUAACCAUGGACUCGGACUCUGAGGACGGAGCUGUCAUUGUCUCUGUCUCGACCACCCCCAACCCGGAAGCGAGCAAGCCCAAGGUCUCGCCUACCUCCGCCGCCGCCGCCGUCUCGUUCGCCUCGGUUGCCGGCACUGUCAUCCCCGAGGCCAUUAAGGCUUAA